GUGACUUCAGUUCUACGCCAGCUACGCUCACAAACGGUUGGGCCUUGGGAAAAUAUGGAUUAGCAAGCCGAAAUUCGCGCAGAGAAAAUGGUGAAACGAGUGCUCGCGCCUAAAAGUGGAUAUAUGAAGGAUAUACAAGCCGACGCGACAAGGCCUAACUGAAGUGCGGUGUGUCGUGAGUGUGUAUUCGGUAUAUGUAAAUGGACGUGUGUGGAACGAGGGUUAAGUUCAUACGAGUCAAUAGGUCGCAAUUGCGGAAAAUACGUCGAUGAAAAUUUAUAACAAAAUUUGUGAAAAGUUUUAGUGAAAUGUUGUUGAAAAUGUGAAGAAGUAUAACCGUUAAGUAAUUGAUUUGAAAGCAAUUACCGGAGUGCAAAGGCGUGUAAAAAUAUGUGCGCAGUAAUUAUCUAAAAGGUGUAAUUAGGAAAAGAUAAGUUAAAUGAAAAAAUAAUUCAUAAAAAGUGAGUGCCAAGUGAGUGCGUUUCAGAAGUUCAUAAAAAGUGAUUGCCAAGUGAAUGUGUUUCAGAAGUUCAUAAAAUAUAAGGAGAGUCUAUGGAAAUUGUGAAAUAAAAUAGAAAAAUCAAAUUUCAUUAUAAAUACUCACCUCAAGGUCUUUCCGAAACUGGCCAAGUAGCAAAAGCAACAACAGCAACUACUUGCCACAGCGUAGACCAAGUUAAAUCUGGUGCGCUCGCCAGCGCCUUAACCCACCCCCUCGGUACGAGUGGCACCGCCAAGUGGGCGUCUAUUAUGCGUCGUUCGCAUGCGAAAAGUUCACACAGUGGAAGUUAAUUGACCUUCAACUGUAGAAGAAGCAGCAUUUGUGACAUAGUUACGCGAUAUUCGCCUCUAACCGCCUUCAAAUGCCACCAAGCUGCACAUAAGUACAUAAAAAUAAUCAAAAGAAAAUCAAAAAGAGAAAUCAAACAAAACAAGCCAAGUAUUCUUUUCGACGCUCGUUCCAAUUAUGCAUAAGCGCAAUUAUGGAAAAUUCACCAUCGAACUCGAUUGAAAAGCAAAUUGAUAAUUUCCUGGAACACUUCAAGCGCAGCGCAUCCAAAGCCAUGGAGGCGGACUGGUGCAGCAGCGGCUCGGGCUCCAGCAAUGGCGGUGGCGUCGGCGUUGGUGGCGGCUUGCCUUUGAAUGCGGGCGCUGAUGGCCUUUGUAAUAAUAUUUUCGGUGGCAUCACCGCAAAUGGCAGCGCUGUCAAUCAGUCGCCAAUAAAUCAUCCACAGCCAUUACAACAUCCACUCUUGCAACGCACCAAAAGCCGUUCGAGUUGUUUGGAUAUAUCCGAUUUAUCAGAUAAUGACGUUGAGAGCGUACUCGCCGAAUCGCAGGCAAUUGUUUUGAGUGCCGCACAACAACGCCAACAACAGUUAAUUAAUCAGCAUAUGCUUGAGUCGCAAACAUCGGUGAGUAGUGGCGCCUCCAUACAAACGGUGCUGCAUCAGUCAAUGCUUGCGAGCACCACCAGCACCGGCAGUACACAACAGCAACAACAACAACAACAUAUACAACGUGCCGGCAGCAUAUCAAGCAACAAUACAACGCCGGCACACAGAGCAGCAACACCAACAAAAACACAACAGCAAAUUGCAGCAAGUAAUAACAGUAACGGCGGCAUUAACAGCAGUCCAGCAACAGCACAGAGUGUGUCAUAUGCCACAGAAGCGCUGGUAACAUUGCGACCGCAGACACAAACACCCCAACAACAACAACUGCCCGCAGCUGAGUGCAUCAACUCGCUGUUGGAACACAUCAGCCCAGCGGCGGCCGCAGCUGCGAUGAGCGGGGAAGGUGUGCUAAAUAUCGCCGAUGUUGCUGAUCUGCUACAUCCGCAGCAUGCGAUCAUAACGGGUGGGCGCUCACAUGGCGGCUGCCCGCUGAUCAUAUUCCCGGAUAAUAACAAUUUCAAUUUAUUGGAGGAGGCCGAUUAUCAGAAAUUAAUUUUAUAUCUCACAUCAGUGCCAUCGCUGCAAGAUACCGAUUUGGGCUUUCAGCUGAUCAUCGAUCGACGGAAAGACAAAUGGACAUCGGUGAAGACAGCGCUGCAGCGAAUAUCGAUCUACUUCCCCGGCAUAAUACACGUGGUAUACGUGCUGCGGCCAUCUGGACUAUUCCAAAAAGCCAUAUCCGAAGUAAGCACAAAAUUCUCAAAAGAUGAGUAUCGCUUUCGGCUCGUAGUAUGUUCGGCGCUUACCGAUCUGCACGAGUACAUAGACAAAUCUCAAUUGACAGUGGAUAUGGGCGGAACGUUAAUAUAUUCUCACCACGAAUGGAUACAGCAACGAAUAUCGCUUGAGAAAUUUUCUAGUCUCACACACCAAGUGUCAACCGAAUUGGAUAUAUUCAUACAAACCAUACACGAUACGGAAUUUCCCAACUCCGUGGAGGCCACUCAAAAGCUGAUUGAUGUGCAGGGCGGCGAUUAUGAGCGUUUAAAGGAGGAGAUUUUGGCCGCGGCCAAACACGGCGAAACUCUGUUGAAUAAUAUCAAAGGCAAUGAGGAGAUCAAGGAAUUUUCCGAACGCACCGGCAAUGUCAGCGCCAUUGAGCGAGCCAGUGCAGGGAACGCUAGCAAUCGUCCACCUCAUCAAAUAAUCUAUCAUCAACAAUAUAAAUUCAAAAAACCACAACAUUUUGAUGAUUGUCGCGAUUAUCGUAGACUCCUGGUGCAGCUGGAGGAGACCGAGCGACGCUUCGACGAAUUCUGGCGCACACACCGGAAUCGGCUGCAACAGUGCCUGGAGCUGCGGCGCUUCGAGCAGGAUUUCCGCGAGCUGCAGACAAUUUUCGACGCCCAUCUGAAGUGCGUCGCCGAGAUGACCGAGAUCGGCGAGAGUGUCGAACGUGUUGACACCCUAAUGGACGACACGAAGCACUAUCAAGAACUCAGUCGUGUGGAUAUCGAACGUGCCGGUGAGGUUAUCAGCGCCGGUCAGCAAUUGCUCGGCGUACGUGGCGUCUAUCCGUGGGAGAUCGUGCAGCCGAAGUGUGACGAAUUACAGCGUGUGUGCGAUAUAAUAGCGGAGCGUUUGUGCAAGCGUCUGGAGAUACUUAGCAAGAAUCGCGAACUCAUGGAGAGAGUAGAAAAGGCUAAUCAAUGGUGUGCCAAUGGCGUUGAGCUGUUAGCUUCGCAGCGCAUCGAGAAAUGUUCAGCAUCGCCGGAAAUUGCCGAACAAAGUUUACAAGAAAUACAAGCUUUCAUCGCAUCGGCGGCGGAAUUUAAAUUAUCUAGUCCAAGUGAAUUUAAGAAAAUCUUUCUGGAGAGUACAACACCCGAAACCAAAGCACUUGUAUCGCAACACAGCGAAGUUCAUUUGCAUGAAUUUUCGUUAGAAUCGCGUCGACAAUUCGCACCAAAACGCAAAAUUAUUGCCAUAAUAGUAAUACUAAAAUACAAUAACAACAACAAACAACAAAUGUCUGUCAUAGCGAGCGAUGUGUGCUUUUUCAGGCGCUGGUCCAGUUCGUCUAUGGCAAUGGCCGGCCGCGCAGCGCGAUUGUGUAACAGUGCGACGACGGGUUCCGAUAAAAAUAAUUCCAGCAAUGAUACGACCGCUAAUCACAAUAACAACACUAACAAAUGCAGUGCUUGUGGCAAUAAUAUUUGCAAUAAUGAGGCGCACGAAGAAAGCAUGCAGGAAAGCAUACGCGACGACAACAAAAGCAACAACAGCGAAGCGACCGCCGCGACGUUGCCAGUUCUACAAAGAAUCGAUGAUGUGUCAUUAAUGUGCGACAAACGCAUUGCGAGUCUCAAGAAGUUGGCCGUCAAGCCACAAAGGCCGGUACAAACCGUUACGCCGGAGCCGGCAGUGCCCUUACAACCACAAGGCGGUGCACCGCAUCUGCUGCGGCGCAAACAUAAGAAAUUUACGACAGCCAUUUGCUGUUGCCAUUACUGUCACAAAUGCGGCAAUAUUAGUGUUGUUAUUAAUGUUGUUGUUAUCGCAAUCAUUAUGUUGUGCAUCACCUGCGGUGUUUACAACUCUAAACAAUUCAAUUUAUCGACGCACGAAAGAAAUGCAACGCCGAAGCGCGCGGCCACGCAUGCGCAACGCAUACGCGCUCCAUUGACAAAUCGGCGCGCUGAGGGCAGUGCAGCAGAAAAACAGCAGUCAACACUCGAGACACCGUCAACAAACAAUCAGCGCUAA